AUGCUCAGCUGCACUACAACCACCAUGCCCGGAAUGAUCUGCAAGAACUCAGACCUAGAGUUUGACUCGCUGAAACCCUGCUUCUACCCGGAAGAAGAUGACAUCUACUUUGGUGGUCGCAACUCGACGCCUCCAGGGGAGGACAUCUGGAAGAAGUUUGAACUGUUGCCCACCCCACAAUUGUCACCUGGCCGUGCCUUGGCAGAGCGCAGCCUGGAGCCGGUGAACUGGGCCACGGAGAUGCUGCUGCCUGAGGCCGACCUAUGGAGUAACCCGGCCGAGGAGGAGGUUUUUGGCCUGGGAGGACUCCGCGGCUGCACCAGCAACCCGAUCAUCCUUCAGGACUGCAUGUGGAGCGGCUUCUCCACCCGGGAGAAGCGAGAGAGUGUGGUGAGCGAGAAGCGGCCAGGAGGCUCCGGGUCCCUGGCCGUCGGCGCAGGCACCUUGGUCCCGGGAGCGGCCGCCGCUGCCGCCAGCUCCGCUGGCCGCGCGCGCAGUGGGACAGCAGGUGUGGGGCGUGAGAAAGCAGCCUGGCUCACAGAGCUCUCCCACCUGGAGUGUGUGGACCCUGCUGUGCCCUUCUCAGCGAAUAAGCGCGAGCCUUUGCCUGUACCCACCAUCCCCACCAGCACCGGCGCAGCGAUAAGCUUUGGUGACCACCAGGGGUUCAGCAGUUCCCUAGAGGACUUCCUGAGCAACUCAGGUUCUGUGGAAGAAGGCGGAGAGGAAAUCUAUGUGGUCAUGCUGGAGGAGACAGAGUUCUCCAAGACUGUCACCAGGCUCCCCACCGCGGCGCAUCAGGAGAACGCAGCGCUGAGUCCCGGGUGCGCGCAGCCCAGCGAGCUGAUCCUCAAGCGCUGCAAUCUCAUUCAGGAGCUACACAACUAUGCCGCGCCACCGUUGCCCUAUGUGGACAGGGAGGACUCGCGGCCUCAGAAGCAGCCCAAGAGCCACGCUUCGCUCGGGUCCCUCAAAUGCAUCCUCCCGCCAAAGGCUCCGAGGUUGGGAUCCCGGAACAACUUAGACUUGCAGGACAUCAUCGAGCGUCGCCGCAACCACAACAGGAUGGAGCGCCAACGCCGCGAUAUUAUGCGCUCCAGCUUCCUGAACCUCAGGGACCUUGUGCCUGAGCUGGUGCACAAUGAGAAGGCCGCCAAGGUGGUCAUCCUGAAAAAAGCCACCGAGUACAUCCACACUCUGCAGGCUGAUGAGUCCAAGCUCCUGGUGGAAAGGAAGAAACUGUAUGAAAGACAACAGCAGUUGCUAGAGAAAAUCAAACAAUCUGCUGUGUGCUAA